CGAUGAACCCAUCCAGUGGGCCCUACAGAGCCGGUCGGAAGGGCGUCUCGCGCAAAGUCGAGUCGUGCGAGGAGUGUCGCCGCCUCAAGCUGAAAUGUAACCGAAUAUGGCCCUGCGAGAACUGUCUGCGUCGAAAGACUGCCCAUCUGUGUCCAGACGAUAAGCUCGAGACGGGCAAGCACCACCGCAGGUCUAGCCUGACAGAGGACAGGCCUGAUGUGCCGAAGAGCCCGCUGCAGAGGCGGCAUUCGAGCCAGACGAGUCCCCGAUUGGACUCGCUGCAUGCUCCCAAUCAACAACGAUCACAGACGUCUUCUGCUCGCGAUUCAGUGACUCGUGGACGACCUUCUUUACCAAACGUCUUCUCGCCUGUCCAGAGCACGAUCCGAGAUUUAUCGCACGACAGCAGCCGGACGGGCAGCACGCAAGCGGGCUCCCCCGACUAUGCAACAGCAGCUGCAUCGAGCUCUCGAUCUGGCUUCAUAGCCUUGCACGCCGAUGGAACGGGCGAAUACGUCGGACAGGCCGGCGCGCCGCUGUACACGCUCUCCGAAGCCCAAUCGCCACCGCCAGCAAUGAGACCGGCGUUUCCUUCUGCUUCAAUGGCGAGGCCGAGAGGCUCUUUGGGCUUUCCUUUCGCCGAGACUGAUCCGGCUCAGCUGCAAGCCGACAUGUUCCUGUUACGAGACGUGGCGAGUGUGACGAGGGCGCUCGAGCGAUACGAGAUGCAUGUGCACUGGAUGUACCGCAUCAUCGAGCUGCCGGAUGUACGUGACGACUUACAAACCCUGACGAGUGUUGGCCAUGCGAAGCUGCCAGCGCAUCGCAUCGCGGUUGUCUUUAUGGUCUUGGCGCUCGGCGAGCUCUUUGCACCGCUCAACGAGACGCAAAUGGCCAACGAGCGUUCUCCUGCCCUGUACUGUGCAGCUCUUGACUGCUUGACAUUGUCUGGUCAGCACUUCCUAUACCGUCACAGUCCGGCAUCUUGCGAAGCGCUUCAUCUCGUAGUCACUUUUCUAUUCAAUCGAGGCGACAUGGAGAGCUCCCGGGCAGCAUGGCCCCUACUCGGACUAUCGUUACGUAUUGCUCAAGCGACUGGUCUGCACAAGAACAGCCGAGACUGGCAACUGCCGCUCGAUCAAGUAGCACGACGAGAGCGGAUCCUUGCAGAGUCCAUCACGUAUGAUCGGUUGCAAUCUCUCAACUUUGGCCGUCCGCACAUGAUAUCGGAUGAGCAAGUCGAGGCCGAUCCACCACAGCUCCCGGAAGAACCAAGCGGAAUCGAGGGACAAAGCAUUGUUGCUUUUCAUCACAUAAAAUAUGCAAUGUCGAGCUUCUUUGCUCAGGUGUCCGACGCAUUCUCGGGCGGCAAUGUGCCGGACAGCAAGACAAUUCUGCAAAUGGACCGGCAAGCACGCAGCUUUCUAUCGAACAGCCCUAGCUAUCUUCGCUUUGGCGCACCCAGUCUGGCCGGCGAGCACUGCCAUCUAGCACCACAGCGACUCAUGCUGGAGCUGCUCGUCCACAAAGCUUUGCUAUUCAUCCAUCGACCCUUCUUCGCCGAAGCGCUGCUACACUCGAAUGAGCCAUUGUCGUCACCUCGAGCAGCAAGCUUUGUCGCCUGCAUCAAAUCAGCGAGGCAGCACACGCUCAUCAUGCAGACAGCUCUCCAGACUUGUCCUGCAAGCGCAUUCCACUGGUGGUUCUUCGCCUUCCACGCAGCUACGGCAGCCGUGAUACAGAGUCUGGUCGUCAUUAAGGCUACGUGUAGUCUGAUGCAGCCAGAAUGCUGGAUCGAUUUCAAGCUGUCCUACGACAUAUUUGCCAACAUGCCCACUGAGAGCCGGAUAGUCCAGCGCACGCUUCCUAUACUGCACGAGCUCAAGACACGGGCAUGCCAACUGCUUGGCGAGCCAGCACCGCGCAUCAGCGAGUCUUCUUAUGA